GUUUGGGAGACAUUUUGAGUCACCCUUACUAUUGCAAAGCAUUAUAAUGAUAGCCACAAUGUUAUUGAUGCUGAAACUGUGCACUGAAGUACGUGUGGCCAAUGAAUUGAAUAUAAAACGACGCUCCUUUUCAGCUGCAGAUAGUAAGGAUGAAGAAAUCAAAACAGCUCCCAGGAGAACCUUUCUAGAUUUUGACUUGAACUCUUUCUGGCACUGGAACAAGUUUGCAGAUUAUGUGCAGUGCGUUCUGGCUUUCACUGGGGUAACAGGAUGCGUCACUUACCUUUCCCUUGACUCCAGUAUCUUUGUUGAAACCUUGGGUUUCCUUGCUGUUUUCAUUGAAGCCAUGGUGGGUAUCCCGCAGCUCUACCGUAAUUAUCAGAAUAGGUCAACUGAAGGAAUGAGUGUAAAGAUGGUGCUAAUGUGGACCAGCGGUGACACCUUCAAGACGGUGUAUUUCCUCCUGAAUCAAGCUCCAUUCCAGUUCUCAGUCUGUGGACUUCUCCAGGUUUUUGUAGACAUGGCCAUCCUUUUGCAGGUUUACUUCUUCAGCUGUUACCCACAGAAACCUGUUCCACAUUCAUCACAUCCAGCCAGCACGAAGGCACUUUAAGGCACAGGAUGGAAGCGAUUAUUCGUUGAGAUUUGUAGAAGAGGCUGAGAGCCAGCCGUAGCUUCAGCUCUGCUUGUACCUACUGUGUUUCUGAGGAACUAGAAAUAGAAGACUCAAAAAUGCCUACCUACAGGGACACUUCUUCUGGCACUUUUUCCUCUUCUUUCAUUGGGUUGCAUAUCUAUUGAAAUGGGUUUGUUUGGGAUUGCAGUGAGGGGUUUUCUUUUAUGUUCUACUCAGUUCUCUAAAAUAUUUGUGUAUGGACAAAUGUGUGUAUCACAAGGGCUGGUUGUUAAAUGUUCUCAAUGCUAUUUUUUCAAAGGUCAGUCUUAAAAGUUGGGAGUAUUUUGUCUGAAGCAUUUACCUAUUUAUAUGCAUAUGGGUUAUGUAUUUGGAAUAUUUUACAUUCCUUAGAUGAAAGUGCAGAACUCCUUGUUUUUUAAAAUGUGGUAGGCCACACUUGGUAAGAUUGUAAGAGUUGAUACUAGGAAAAGAUGGUUUAGUGAAUAAUGUCAAGGAAUAGAUUUUGUGCAACUGUGUUAAAUAUAUAUGUACACACUGCUGGGCCAGUGUGAUGUAUAAAUACAUCAAAGUGAUUAGUGAUUUUGAUACAAAUGCUCCUACAGCCAAACAGAACAGACUAAUGCGCAGUAAGUCUUCAGAGAGCUCAGAAGGAUGAGUAAUUUCGAUACCUUGGAGAAUAAAGUAAUUUCUUUAUGGAUCUAUAAAGGAUUUAAACUUAAAGAGGAUAAGCUUGAAAGAAAAUCAGUGUUUAGUUUAUUUGCAUUCUGUUCCUGUAUUUUUGUUUGGUGGAAAAGCCACUUUCAGUGAUGUAAAUCUUGUCUUCGCAGUGCGAGCACAAUGACAUUCUUAAAGUUAUACUCUUAAGUUGCACAGGCCAACUACAACACCACUGCUUUUUAAGCUAAAGACAUUAUCUAAGUAACCUUCCCUCUGUGAAAGAGGCGGUUUACUAGACUAGGAUAGAGAAGAGAGAGAGCAAUACUUUAGUGCUGGAUAAUAGGGCAAUUUUUUUUUUAAAAAAAGAAAAUGUUUGUGUGUGAUAUUUUUCUAAAUAUUUAAUACCAAAUGUCAUUUUAUGUUUGGGAAGAAGUGGGGCUACUGAAAACGAGGGGAAGUAUGAUAGUGAUUCUGAGUCCAUUAAAGUUUUGCAACUUGCUUCAUUUUAGCAAUGCCAUAGCCAGUACCUGAAAGGGGGGAAUGAAAAAUCACUUAGGGGGGCAUAUUUAUGAGCGUGGAGGAUCUAUAAAAUGAGUUCACCAGACUUAUGUAAGCCUGUUCUGGUAUUUGAUUGGGCUGCAAGAAAAGCAUCGCUUGUAUUGUUUUAAAAGUUCCUUGACUAACUUGUCAAAGCAAAUUUGCUUCCAUAGCUAUGAAAUAUAUAUGCAUUCUGCAGUGAUUCAGGAACUGCUCUCUUCUCUUAGCCAUAAAAUAUACUACGUAUAUGUGCUUUUGUUGUUAGAUGUAUCCUACCUGGAGGGCCAUUUUAUGAAAUGCUGAUUCAACUGUAAUCUUGAUUUCCCUCAACUAUUGGGGGAAAAAAAGAUAUUCAAGUCUGACAAGAACUCUUCAGCUGGAUCUCUUCCUUACUUCGUCCAGCUGUCUGCCUGCCUGUCUCUCUGUCUAUCUCUCCCUCCCUUCCCCCUCUCUCUCAAAUCUGGGGUGACCUGAAGACAUCAAAAUCCCAUCUUUGCAAGAGUGGGAAUCUUAUCAGAAGUUUGCUUUAAUUCCUUCCACUUGCACAUCUAUAUUUCAGGUCCUCUCCUAUAUUUUAGGUCUGGGGGACAAGUGUUUCACUGUGGCAAUUCUGAAUGCCCAGGAACUCAGUCCCUCCCUUCAACAGCAAAAAAAAUAAAAAUAAAAAACCGAGACAAGGAUGAGGCAAUAUAUUGAUUGGCUAUCGCUUUAGUGGAGGUCUCUGUGCCUAGCUGGCAAAUAAAUUAAACCUCAGGAAAGCUGCUUUAAUGAGGGCUUGGUGUGAAAUGUUGUAGUUGAAUAGACUUGUGCUGUUGAUUAGCUUCGCUGCUUAUUCCUUUGGUGCCUGAAGUGACCUUACCAAGCUGAUUUUAUGUGGCAUGGCUGAAUGUGAAUGUUGCAUUGCUCUCUUUUUCACAAGCGUUCUAACUGCGUUAGAACCGGGUGGCAGUCAUCUUUUAAAUUAUACAUUUUCAUCCUAGUUUUUCCUGGUGUGCUGCUGUAGCGAGGAUUGUAUUUCUACUCGUACAACAGAAUUUAUUAAACUUGCAAUGCUGGUUUUUAUUUUUGUAUGGGGUAAUAUUCUUUGCUUUCCCAGUGUCUUUUGAGAAGAGAUACAGGAUUUAACUAUUAUGUUAGCGUAGCCUGAAUAUAUACAAAUACCUCUUUUUUUAAACAAGUGUUAUUGAAGGUAAAAUUUAUAGUAUUCCACAAACACACCUGCUUUUUUUUAGAUGAGUUACUGUCCACAAAUUCUUAACUUCUGAUGUCAAUAUUAAAAUGUAGGCUCAGAAUAUCACAAUACAACUACAAAUGACACCAGAGAAGUUUACGCACUUGUGCAGAAUUUAACUGUGUGAGUCACUCAUGGCUGAACCCCAGAUAGCCACGCAUUUAAGAAAAGGGCCAUUGUAACACGACCCACAUACCGUUUAAGGCUCAACAUCGAUUCCCAGGGAAUCAUAACUAUCCAUCACAUAAAAGAGAGCCAAUUGCCUGUUUUUUCCCCCCAUGAAACUUGGUUGCCUUGGCUUGAACAUUUAAACCAGGGGUGUCCAACAGUGGCAACUUUUAAGACUUGUGGACUUCAACACCCAGAAUUCCCCUGCUAGCAUGAAUUCUGGGAGUUAAAUUCCAUAGGUCUCAAAAGGUUGCCAAGGUUGGGCACCUCUGAUUUAAACCACGAGUGUUCAAUCUUUAAUUAAAUAAUGGUGAAGCUUACUCUCUGAUCAACUAGAGAAGCGCAGCAUGCCUUUUAGUUAUGAUGGGAGAAUCAAUUUUCGCUUAGUUUUUUUGGGGGGGGAGGGACAGGGGAGGAUGGAUGACCCAUGUCCUUGAAAACUGGCUGUUUUGCCAUCAAAUUUCAAAAGUUCUCAUGAUGCUAAGAGGCCAAAUUUCAAAAAUAGGACACAGGUUGUCCACCACUUGCUUAAUUCUCCUACUCACAGGUAAACUCUUCAUCAAGUAGCAGCUCUGAUACAUCUGUAAGAGUAUCCAAAGAGCAUCUCAGUAAUUAGGAAACUAUUUCCUAAAAAAAAUAUGUAAAGAACUUUUGUAUAUUUUAGCUAUAUGUUGAAUGUAUGGAAAAAUCCAAAUGCACUCAUUAAACGAUCAGUUUGAUUUUUUUUUAAAAAAAAUAAAGUUAUACACAAAUUCAUUAUUUGUUGUUC